GGGAAAGGGACCGAUUGCCAUCGACCUCUGCCCAGGUAAGCAGAGGGUACUGCCUCAUUAGGAGAAGCGAGCAGACCCCGCAAGGGACUACUCGUGGCAGGAUUGGGCGAACAGUCUAAAUGUCAAGCAGUCAUGAUAGGAAGACCGUCUUCACGGUAUGGGCCGUUUAGGCCCGAGCAGAAAGUUCCCUGCAGCAGGUCCAAGCAUCAUGGGUCGCCUCAGCGUCCCAUUUGCCGGGAGCAAUUGAAUCGUACCUACCGGUUUCCAUUCCCGUAUACGUUCGGCAAUCAUCAGAUAGUACGGAUGAUGGGUCUUGGUCUAUCAGUUGCCUUAUGCAGUGCCAGCAAAAGCAACGGACCCAGUGGUUUGGGCCGAAGUCCCGGCUGCAGAAUGUCGCCCGGGGGAAAAUCAGUCAAUGUUAUUGGCAAGGGAUUGACAUCCUUCGGACCUGUCAUUGGCAGGGGGGGUCAAAGGGCCAUCUGGAACCCCUCUGCAGAAGCCACGGCAAUUCAUUCGCGGGCAGUUAGACCGGCCGUUGCUGCCAACGGUCAAGUGUCGUCGAGCCACCGGAGCAAAGGUCCUGUGCCCACUGUCCAGGUGAUCGGUUCUGACCGAUGACGAGUGAGGAGGAGGAGCAGCGGAGGCGGAAAAAGCGAAUGAGGGGAAAAGAGAUGGGGUGGGGGUGUUGAUGGAGAAAGCAAAUAAUGUACGGAGGAGUAGGUAGU